CGGCACCACGGGCACUUAGCUGCCCAUUAGUAAUAUUGAUAAUAGCUCUAUAGUAGAUGAUGGGGAUCAUAAUCGGUCCGUUCAAGAGCUGCGCCCGGCCAGCCUGGACGUCGCGGCGCGGUGCUCUCCCAUGCUUUUGCUUUGCUUUGCUUUGCUUCUCGACCCGGCCGUUGUCUUUAAUCUACAUGGCGCAGCGAGCCCGGCGCAGCUUCCGGGCCAGGCCCCUGCUUCGGGCCGUGUGGAUGCACGGUGUUAUAUGCGGCGGGUGUUAUUAGCUUGUAAAGCCGGCCAGUCAUCUUUUCUUUCUCCCUGUUCCAUUUGUGUGUAUGUGUGCAAGCCUUGCAUGUCGGUUCCCGUUGGGGGUGUGUUUCUGGCGCAUGCUGCCGGUCUCCGCGCCGUGGCUGCGCUCGGCGGAGGUUUCCUUUUUCUGGUGCUCCUUUCGUCGUUUUUUUUUUUUUUUUUCCUCGACGAGAGAAUUUCGAGACUCCUUUUUUUUGGGUCCGACGUUUUUCAUGUCAUGUGGAUUGGAGUGUGUAGCCGGGUCGGAUGUCCCGUCGUCCGAUGCGAACCAGGCAAAGCUGGGCGCCCCCCCGAGGCUCGGCCUCCCCCCCCCCCUUUUCCUAAUAUCUCUGCCCAAGCGCGCAUGCCCUGCCUCUUUGGGCGAGCCCAGCCCGUCACCAUCCGCGCGCCUGUCUCGUCCCCGCGCUCCCCGCCCCCCUUCGCAAGCCUGACUACAAAACCGACUCGAUGUGGGUACACGCUUGCUCCCGUGUGCCCUUCCGGGCCGGGGUGGUGGUGGUGGUGAGAGCCGUGGUGAAACCCGCAGGGUUGGCGGGUUGAUUUUUGGCCCGGGCGUUUCAUCGACUCUUGUUGUGAGUUUGUUAGUGACUGGCUGACUUAUUACUGUGUGUGUAAGUGUCAGUCUGCAUGUGCUCGCUCUCUGUGGUGGGAAAGACUCUUCCUCGGCUUCAUGGAGAAAGAGAAGGGGAGCGAGUUCCGAGCGGCCUUCUGUUAUUUUUUUCUUCUUCUUCUUAAGUCACUUCCAGGAGGGGCUAUUGGAAGGAAAAAAUAGUCGUUGUUUAGGCUUCGACCUAUCCGCGGAUGAUCCACGGCCCAAGAUUGUGUCAGGGUCUCGCCUCAAGCUUUCGUUCGUAUUCGCGUUGUGAGAUGCGACCACCACCAGGCUGGAACAACUUGAAUUGGGCUCACGGCUCUAAGAACUGGGCAAUCGAGGGAAUGCGCCAGGUGGGUUCGAGAAAUACUGAGGAUUCCAUGCAUGCAUGUAUUUACUGUAUUCAAACAAGCGGCCCCUUUAUGUCAUAUUAUUAUUAUCUGUA